GAAUUUUAAUCCACGCUUGAUUAAUUCUCAUCGCCAUCUUCCUUCUUUGUGAUCUUUCUAUUCACAUAACGAGAUAAAAUGGCGGACGCUGCUCCAGCCGCUCGUGGAGGAUUCCGUGGUGGAUUUGGUGCUCGUGGAGGAGCCGGUGAUCGUGGAGGUGGUCGAGGUCGUGCUCGUGGUGGACGAGGAAGAGGACGUGGACGUGGUCGUGGAGGUAAAGAAGACCAAAAAGAAUGGAUACCAGUGACUAAACUUGGACGGCUUGUAAAAGACGGAAAAAUUCGUUCUUUGGAGGACAUCUAUCUCUUCUCCUUGCCCAUCAAAGAGUAUGAUAUUAUCGAUCAAUUUAUCGGACCAUCUCUAAAAGAUGAAGUACUUAAAAUCAUGCCUGUCCAGAAACAAACCCGUGCUGGUCAGCGUACACGUUUUAAGGCCUUCGUCGCUAUUGGAGAUAGCAAUGGACAUAUCGGACUGGGAGUAAAAUGCUCUAAAGAAGUAGCAACAGCUAUUCGUGGAGCUAUUAUUUUAGCCAAACUCUCCGUUGUUCCAGUUCGUCGUGGAUAUUGGGGAAAUAAGAUUGGAAAACCCCACACUGUACCCUGCAAAGUUACAGGAAAAUGUGGAUCUGUUCAAGUACGUUUGAUUCCAGCACCAAGAGGAACAGGAAUUGUAUCAGCCCCAGUUCCAAAGAAACUUCUUCAGAUGGCUGGAAUUGAAGAUUGUUAUACAUCAGCUCGUGGAUCUACCUGUACUUUGGGAAAUUUCGCAAAAGCAACUUAUGCUGCCAUUGCUAAGACUUAUGCAUACCUUACACCUGAUUUAUGGAAGGAUAUGCCUCUUAUUGAAACUCCAUAUCAAGAGCACGCUGAUUGGUUAUCAAAGAAUCAUCGUGCUGUCACCGGCCAAAGAAGUGCUGAUAUGUAAUCUUAACUCAGCAAUGGAUUGUCAUCAAAAGAGUCAAUAAAGUUGAUACAAAAUAUA